AUGACAGCUUGUUAAUCCAGUGCGUUUGCUUCCACACCGCCGCGAGCACAGCUAGAACCAAUAGUAAUAGUCUAAAUAAAUAAAAAAAUAAAAAUUACAAAAAUUAAAUAAACAAGAGAAGAAGUAUCAUCUUCAAGCCGUCGAGCAUUUCUCACAACACGUCAGCAUGAAAGCUAUAAGUCCAGUGAGGUCUUUCCGGAAAAACGGCGCGAGCGUGACGGAGCAAAGCCUCGGAGUGUCUCGGAGCAAGACCCCCGCGGACGAUCCUCUCAGCCUGCUGUACAACAUGAACGACUGCUACUCCAAGCUCAAGGAGCUGGUGCCGAGCAUCCCGCAGAACAAGCACGUGAGCAAAAUGGAGAUCCUGCAGCAUGUCAUCGAUUACAUCCUGGAUCUGCAGAUCGCCCUCGACUCACAUUCCGCGAUGAGCACUCUCCAUCACCCCCGACCCGGCCAGGGCUCGUCCAGAACACCGCUCACCACCAUCAACACAGACAUCAGCAUCCUGUCCUUACAGACACCGGAGUUUCAGUCAGACUUGAUCACAGAGGACAGUCGGACACUUUAUCGUUAACCAGGUGUUUGCUUAAGACGUGAACACACAGGACCCGGGAACCGACCUUUUCUCUUCUCCCCCACACACACUCCUCAAUUUCUGUUCUGGAUCUCUUUUAUUAUUAUUAUUAUUUUUUCCACCCUGCUGAAUGAAGAAUGAAGCUUCUUAAAGGACAAUGUAUGUGAUGUGUUUCUCGGUUCGGACAUUUUAUUUAUCUAAAGACUGUUCUGUUGUUUUUGUUUUUAUUUUUCUUCAAGACGAAGAAGCACUAUAUUCCCUGAAAAGCAAGGGAGGGGGAAAAAAACAACAGGAAUGGAAGAAGAAAAUGUCGCCUUCUCUUAAAUAAGAGAUAGUGGCUGUAUUUGGUGAAGACUGUGUGAAUAGAAGCCGGUGUGCUUCACUUACUGUACAAAGUUUAGUCUGUUUUUUUUUUUUUUUUUUUUUUUCUUCUUCUUCGUCUUCUUCCCCGUCAUUCUUUGGGCACGUGAAGGAUUGGAUGACCAAUCUGACAUGAGUGUGAAACCUCGUGAACUCUCUCUCCGAGUUGUAUCUUGUAUAGUUGCAGACGCUGGGAAAAGUACCACGCUGCAAAGUGUCAUGCUGUAUUUAAUUAUGCUGAAACUUUUUAUAAAAGUAAUUGUAAAUCAUAAACCUUUUUAUAUAAAAAAAAUAAAUAAAUCAAAUGCUUUAUUUGAA